CCAACCUGGCUACCGUAAAGUAACCUUGGCGGCAGGAGGAGGUCUCGGCGGCCUCCGGGAUGGCCGGGCCUCUGUGCCGAGCGACGGGAGGCCUGAGGUGGCUAAGUCGACUGCUUCGCCCCGGGGGCAAGCUAGGCCCGCGCCCCGGACUGCGGCGGGCAAGUGAAGGUGCACAUAUUAAUACUGUGUACCGCCAAUUUUCACCACCACCACGGUUCGCAGUAGUCAUCGGUGAAGCAUCCAGUGGUCUCAUGUGGUUCUGGAUUUUGUGGCGCUUCUGGCAUGACCCCGAUGAAGUGCUGGGUCACUUUCCAUUCCCAGAUCCUUCUUUGUGGACAGAUGAAGAGCUAGGAAUUCCUCCAGAUGAUGAAUAAUAAACAUGUGGUUUCAAAGUGGCUCUUAAAAUAUGAUAAUUUGCUUAAUAAGAAAGCAUUAAUUAAGAUCUACUGUUGCAAAAUAAGGAAUAUCACAUUAAAAUUGAACUACACCAGAAAUGUCUGCAGUGCUAUUUAUUUCCCAAUUGUAGGAGCAUAUUUCACUAUCCUAUUUCUCCUUGUAUUUUGCUUCAACCAAUUUGUUUUCCUAAUAACAGUAGGAAUUAUUCAAAUGUGGAACAUCAAAAUACAUUUAAAAAAUAAUAACAGUAAGCAGACUUUUAAAAAAACCCACUUGAAUCAGCAUUUAGAAUCUGGUCUAAAGGAUGGAGUUGUGUUAUGACAGUCUUGUUCAAAUGCUGUUUGAAUAAUUAUUUAAAUCUUAAAACAGAUUCAUCUGAAUUAUUUGUCUUCAUUGUUUAUAGACUACAGAAUAUAUUUUGCUUUACAUUAAGUAUGAAUUUUAACUAAUAAACUAUAAAGCCAGA